AUGCUAAGCGCGCACCUUAUCGACGCCUUUAAGUCGCGCCUCGAGCUAUGGCAGAAGUACAACCAGGGGACCCUGCCCGACAAUAUCGUUAUCUUCCGCGACGGCGCCUGCCGCGCUAAGUAUCCGGCCAAGGCGUCGCCGCCGCGCCUAACUAUUGUCGUCUCGGCCACGGCCGCUAACGAGCUCGAGAGCCUCACCUACGAGCUAUGCUACCUAUACGGCCGCGCUAUAAAGGCCGUCAGCAUCUGCCCGCCCGCCUACUACGCCGACAUUGUAUGCGAGCGCGCCCGCGCUUACCGGCCCGAGAUCUUCGAGGUCCACGAGACGCUAAAGGACACUAUAUACUAUAUCUAG